AUGAGCAUGAAUUCGAAAUAUCAGAGGUUGGAGGGUAUAGAGGAUAACCUUCUUUUACCACACGAAGUAAAUGGUAAUAAUUCAAAUAAAAAAGAAACACAAUUAUUAAAGUUUAAAAGAUACAUAGUGAAAAAAUGGAAGAUUUUAGCAUUGUUAUUUUUUGUAGUUUUAUUAGUUGUUGGUGUAAUUUUAAUACCAAUUAUAGUACAAAGAUAUAAAACAUCAGUUAUAUCACAUCAAUGCGAACAAUAUGGUAAACAAAUUAUAGAUAAAGCAUUAAAAGGAACAGAGGCAUAUUCAACAUUGUCGACAUUUGUAACCUUAUUUCCAGGUAGAUUGUCUGGAACCAAGAUUUUAGAGAAUGGAAUCGAUUGGAUAUUGGGUAUGAUGGGCGAUGAUGGAUUCGAUUUAGUUCAUUCAGAUGAUGUACAAGUAACUAAUUGGGUCCGUAAUAAUGAACAUGCCUAUAUUACAGAGCCAUAUUAUAGAAAGAUGAAUAUUUUAGGUUUGGGUGGAUCCAUUGCAGGUAAUGUUACAGCUCCAGUUUUGGUUGUAUCUUCUUUUGACGAAUUGGAUCAAGUAAAAGAUCAAGUACCAGGUAAAAUAGUAUUGUUUAAUGCAAUAUUUACAAACUAUAGUUCAACAGUGCAAUACCGUGGCGGAGGUGCAUCUGCCGCUGCUAAAUAUGGUGGUGUUGCUGCAUUAGUACGUAGUAUUACACCAUAUUCAUUGGGUACACCACAUACAGGUGUCAUGUGGUAUAAUUCUGCUUAUCCUAAAGUCCCAACUGCAGCAAUUACUCUUGAAGAUGCUGAUCUUAUUCAAAAUCUUGUAAACUUGGGUCAAAAUGUUACAAUCAAUCUCUAUAUGGAAGCUGAAACCUUACCAAUGGCAACCUCAAGAAAUAUUUUUGCUCAAAUUAAUGGUACUGAAUAUCCAGAUGAUGUUGUUGUACUUGGUGGUCACGUAGAUUCAUGGGAUAUUGCAUACGGUGCUAUGGAUGAUGGCGGUGGUUUUAUGGUCGCUUACGAAGCUUUACGUUUAAUUAAAGCUUUGGGAAUCAAACCAAAAAGAACCAUUCGUGCUGUAGGCUGGACCAAUGAAGAGAAUGGUGCUGCUGGUGGUCAAGACUAUGCCAAUCGUUACACUAAUGAAACUUUCUUCUCCAUAGAAUCAGAUUUUGGUGUUACUACCCCAUUAGGUUUUACUGUUAAUGCCUCAUCCAAUACUAUCAAGUCACUUCAAUUAAUUGCAAAUAAAAUUUUAGAACCAAUUAAAGCAACAUCAAUUGAAUUUGGUGAAGUUGGUACUGAUAAUGGCUUUUUAGUUGAAAAUGGUAAACCAGGUGCUCAAUUAAUGACCGAUAUGAGCCGAUAUUUCUGGUAUCAUCAUACUGCUGGUGACGCUAUGGACAAAAUGGAUAGUGGGGAAAUGGAUCAAUGUGUUGGUGCAAUGGCAUCAAUGGCAUUAUGUAUUGCUAAUUGGGCAGAAAGUACAAUUAGUUAA